AUGACUGCCAUGGCUGUCUGGGACAAUUGCUUUGCCGACACCGGCACGCGCCCCACCACGCCCUCGCGUCCGUCGGCGUUGAAGGAUGUCUCUAUUACUCCCUCUGUCCGAACUGACGGUCCAUUAAAGACGACGCUUCCUGUUCUUAACCUGCGUCUGCCGCUUCUGUGGGGCUCUGGACGUGGCAUUUCCGUCUCGGAGCAGAAAGCGGUUCAGAGUGACCUCCACAAGAUCAUCGUGUCUCCACAGCAUCUCUCCGCCGACCACGUCAAGGUCUUCCUCUACCAAAUCCUCAGAGGUCUGAAGUACCUCCACUCCGCGAGGAUUAUCCACCGAGACAUCAAGCCGGGCAACCUCCUCGUCAAUUCCAACUGCGUUUUAAAGAUCUGUGAUUUUGGUCUGGCCCGUGUUGAAGAACCUGAUGAAAACAAGCACAUGACCCAGGAAGUAGUCACACAGUACUACAGAGCCCCAGAGUUGCUGAUGGGAGCCCGCCAUUACACCCAAGCAGUAGAUGUGUGGUCUGUUGGCUGCAUUUUUGGCGAGCUUUUGGGGCGCCGUAUUCUCUUCCAAGCCCAGAGUCCCGUACAGCAGCUUGAGCGAAUAACAGACCUGUUGGGAACACCAAACCUAGAAGACAUGAGAUACGCUUGUGAAGGGGCUGUGACCCACAUGCUACGCCGACCCUCAAAACCCCCCGCCCUCCCAGCCCUCUACACCCUCUCUUCCCACGCAACCCACGAGGCCGUCCACUUACUCACACAGAUGCUUGCCUUUGACCCGGAUAAACGAUUGAGUGUGACUGAAGCUCUUGCACACCCUUACCUAGAUGAAGGUCGACUACGGUAUCAUUCUUGUAUGUGUACUUGCUGUGCUUCCACAAACUGUGGGGGCCGACAGUAUACACACGACUUUGAACCAACAGCACCACAUGCAUUUGAUGAUACUUGGGAAAAUGAGCUACACUCCAUGUCACAGGUGAAGGAUCGGUUGCACAAGUUCAUCCUGAGCCACCUGGCGCGCGACCGUGUACCUCUAUGUAUCAACCCCAUGUCUGCUGCUUACAAGAGCUUUGCCAGCUCGACAGUUGCUCAUCCUUCAGAGCUCCCGCCUUCCCCACACCAGUGGGAUUGACAGGACGCCAAACACUAGCGUCAAAGAACUUAGUGCCCCUAAACAUGCCUGUGAAAGAGCAUACAGAGACGCAGGUUGUGUGAAUCUAAGUACACUUGUGUGAAAGUGAGAGAGAGAGAGCUCAAGAUUCAUAAACUGUUGGGACUGGUCCAUAUUAAGGUGGUAAAGUCUGAUUCCUUGCAUUUGACCUGAAAUUAUUUCAAGUAUGCUGACAAUCGUAAAUCAGAGUGUAGGCAUUUACCAUUGCGAUUGGAUACCAACACAUGGUCCAGGUCUUUACAGUUUGUAGGAUGGGAUCAUUCUUUAUUUUUUCUUCUUUUUUAAUCAUUGAUUUACAACUUUCAUAUCAUACAUUCACCUUUUUCCAUAGAAUCUGAUUUCAUGAAAGGGCUCACUAGUAAAAAAAAAAAAAUAAAAAAUAAAAAAAUAAAAAAAAGAGAGGGAAAGAUAAGAAAAAUGACAAGGUCAGUGAAUUGACUGUUUAAAGGCGAGUGUAAGCUUAAAGUACGACUGACUCUGUGAAGAUGUACCCAGGAUCACGAGAGUAUAUUGCAGAAGCAGUGAAAUAAUGAUAAGUCUCAAUGAAUUGAUAUAUAUGACUGUUGAACAGAAAGAGAGAGAGAGAAAAUAAAAAAGGCUCACAUGAGAAAUGUUUGAGGCUUCAUGUGCCAGUUCCUUAGUCAGACAAAUCACUGCCAUGUACACUAAGGGUAAUGUGUGUGUGUGAUAUGGCCUCGUCCCCCUACCAUAUACAUGUAUUGACUGCUGGGUACUAGAGUGGAAGCAUCCCCCUGUGCUGUGGAUGAUGAGCAAGUGACAAGGACGAAGAUUUUCCCAAAGGUCUUAUCGAUUGAGAAAUGAUCCAGCAUAACUUGGACACCCUCAACGCUCAACGCACCAUGAUCUCUUUUUUGCCCGGGCUCCUUAUUGUGAGGCUGCUGCUGACAUUUGGAAGGUAGCUGAAGCCUACAAGGUUGACGAUUAUAUGUGAAGAUUCUGCUUAAUGUGAUCAAUACGGAAUUACCCUCACCUGAAAGAUGAUGAAAAAGAAAGAAAAAAAAUUGUACCCAUGGGUAUAGUAUAAUAUCAAUCUGGAUGACUAUGAAUAUCUUCUUGAUUAAUGUUUUUUUCUUAAUGAAAUGAUUCCAGUUUACAGUAAAAAAAAUAAAUAAAUAAAUAAAUUAGUAGUGUCAUGUAAGAGGGGUUGAAUUUGUGAUAACAUUAGUGCAGACUUUUUGUAUAUUCAGAUAAUGUCUUGUCAGAUGGUCUCUUGUAGUACCAGGGUUUCAUUUCUAUGCAUCACUUAUUAGCCAGAAGAAAAGAAAAAUUCUGUAUUGAAGAGAUUUUGUUAUAUCAUAGGAAAAAAAUUCUUUUCUAGAAAUUUUUAAUGUAGGGCAGUCCUUUGCCUCUCUUCUCUGGCUCUUAAUUAAUGCUUAGGAAUCUGGCUCGGACUCUCAACCCUUGCUCUCAGGAAUUACAGUGUACACAAGUGCUUUUAGUUUUGCCUUGUUUUACAAUCAUCAGCCAAUGCAUUUUUAUUUUGAUCAGUUUUAUUUAUACUUUUUUUUUUUUUUUUUCCCUUUUCUUAGAGAUAAAUUUAGCUGGUGAUUUGAACUGUUAACUAUGUUUGAUGUGGAUGAAAAGUAUUCCUUUCUGUCCUCAGUGUUUUAACAUUUUAAAAAAAUAUAUCCCUUUUGUUAAAGGAUUUUUGAAGUUUCACCAUUUAAAAAGUGGUGUAUGUCAAGACUUCAAGUGAAUUUUAUGUGCAAUGUAAUUUAAAUUUGGUAUUAAGAUAUUCAGGAAAGAAAUUAUUAUUAUUUUUUACUUGGAAUUUUUUUUUUAUUUUUGGUGUGAAUCAGGAAGAUCACUGUAACACCACCAGGCCAGGAUUUAGGAAGACUGUGAUAAUUCUGGAAAUGAUUGUGAGAAGGUACAGCGAGAUGGUUCUUCAAGCUGUCUGCUCAACGACUCAUGCGCUGCGAGUGGAAGCUGUUUAAGGGUAAUCACUUCUUAAGGUGCUCACACUUUUAUAGAAUUGCAGCUCUCGAUUGGUCUUUUACCCAUACUACGUCAGAGGUUGGAACAAGAUGACAAGACUGCACACGGUCAACAGAGAAACUGUUUCUUAGAGUGCCGUGGGAAACAUUACUUUUUUUUUUUUUUUUUUUAUUGUGUAUGUGUGAUCAUGGUGUUCUUCUCUGUAGUCCAGCUUGAAUAUUCCAAUAUGAGGGAAGUAUUUAGACUUACAUGGUAAUGUGUAUACAUAUAGAUUGUGAAAAAACAAAAGAAUAACUGAUAAAAAAGUAUCUUGUAUGUUGUAUGGUUUUCUAGUAGUUACAGUUCACUCAGCUUAGAAAAAAACGAGGACUGAGAGAAAGAAUCAAAGGAGGAGAAGAAAAAGGGGAUUGCUAAAUUUCCCUUUCCUAAUUUGUGAGAAAAAAAAAAGAGAAUGGAAAAUAUGGAUAGCAAUUUUCUCUUUUAUUUAAAAAGAACUCGAAAAGAAAAGAAAAUAUUAGAAAGAAAAAGAGAGAGAGAAAAAAAGAAAGGAAAACAAAACACAAGAAACAGAACAAGGAUGUUGAGUUUAGCCAUGAUAUACACUGACUACCUCACAUGAUUUUCAUUGUUGCAGCUUGUUCUAUCAUGCUGCUUAUCGUAUUUUUGUUUGUUGAUAUUUGUAGAGUGUACAACCUACAAGCUCAAGCAAGGUAUAUGAUCAGUCCAGAAGUUUUUUGAUAUGCUCCAUUACCCUUAUGGUGUCUUACUAUUGUUUUGUAAUAUAUACUUUUUUUCAUAAAACUGAGUGAACAUUAUUCAUUAUUGUUAACAUGAUUACAGUUAUGAUUUUCUUAAUUUAUAACUAUUCUCUAUUUAUUUAUCCAUGUUAGCUUCUUUUUUCCAUGUUGUUGACAUCAUGAUUUAGGAUCAUUUCUUGUAAACAAUCACACUAUAAGCAACCUCCUUUCACACUAGGGUAUAUUAGGGAAAUGAUGCUCAAAAAGAAUUUGUAAUAUAUUCAUCCAUUUUUAUAUAUUUAUUGUUUUUUUUAUCUUGUGAUUUUUUUUUUCUCUUUUUAGAAUGAAACAAAGAGUGAGGUUUGUCUUAAAAAAAAAAGUAUUAUGUUACUCAUGGAAAUUGAAUGGCACUGUCUUGAUGCCAUUUGUAAUAUACUUUGUGUUGGCUGCCACACACUGUUGAAUUUGUUUAUUGUAACAAAAAGGUUAUGUUAUGUUAUGUGGUACAGUGCUCCUUUUUUUACUUAUCUAAUUUCCUUUUACACUUUUCAUUUACUGUUUACACUUUUCAUUUACGGUUUACCAAAUGAAAAGGCCACGAAAACAGUAUUCCACCUGUAAUAAGUAUGGAUAAGCAAAGCCGUGAUGUAACUGUGUGAAUAAAGAGUGGAAACGUCUCAAGCCAAGUUAACGCUAAUUGUGGGUGCCAUCACUACUCAGACUACAGGAGCAUAUUGAUGGCCAGAAGCUUCAGACAAUGUGAUCCCAUUUGCUAUUAUUACAUGUAUAAUAUUAAUUUUUACCUGUGGAGAUGCUGCUCCCAUUAAUGUUUUCUUUUUGUAUGGUUUUCCUUCUGAUUCUAGUUCAUAUUGUUAUGAUUAUUGGACAACUUGGCUUAAAUCUUAGUCUGAUUAUUACGAUUGUCAUUGUCAUAACUAACUUCCUCCCUCCCCUCCCCUACCCCCCUUUUGACAAUUUUAACCCUUUGGUUGAUGGUUUCACAUUACAACUGAAGCGUCCAGAAAGAUCUCCAAGUCACUCCCCAUCCUUGAGUGGCUGCAUGCAUGUGCUUCCUAAGGAUGGGGAUGCAACAAAUACGUGUAGAUAUUACUUGUACAGCAUUGUAGUAUGGGAGUGAGUGCAGUGUGAGGAUUGUUGCAUAAAUCAAGUUGUGAAAGACCUUGAAUGGCAAGGUGCAGCUCGAAUUUUGGUCGACUGUAAUUUUUUUUUUUUUUUUUUUUUUUUUUUUUUUUUUUUUUUUCUUUUUUUUGUAGUGAGUUGUGAAUGUAACAAUUAUUGUGCCUGCCAUUCAAUCUUCCUGAUUAUGUAUAUUAAAUUAUGAUUUACUAGGAUAAGUUUUUUAUUAUUAUUAUUAUUAUUUUUUUUUUCUCCCAAUCUGUAAGUGUAGUGAAAUUUUGUAAAAUGCAGUUGCAGACUAAUUCAAGAAUCAGUUUAAGGAGAACAUAUUUUUAAACAUCCAUUUUUAUGCCCGUUUUAUUUUAAAAAAUGAAAAUGCAUGAUUAUUUAUAGGAGUCCUCAUGGAUGAUGUAUAGGUUGCAUCUUCAGCUAUGAAACAUUGGCAACUGAAAUGUGUAUAAGAGUAUGAGCAAUUUUUGUACGUUUUUACCGAGAUGUUGAGGUCAGGUGUUUUCUUAUGGGUCAGGUACGAUCCAUCUCUUAAUGUUUUUUACCCGACAGUGCGGGUAUUUGUGUGUUUUGCAUGAAGACUGUUCCACUGUUUUCUCAUAACUGUGGCAAGAUCAGAUUUGGAUGGUGUAGAUGUUUAGUAUAAAUGGUAUUGUUACUGUGUAUCACAGCACCUACCAAGAAGAAAAGCAGUAGGAUCAAGAGGGCCUACUCCAGCGUGAGUUGAUCCUUGUGAAGUAUUUCAGUAGGCGGUCUUGCCACAUUAUAACUGUAUUAAUAGUAACAGUCUCCCAUCUUAGAGCUCCUACUAAUAAGGCACAGAACAGUGUGACGAAUUUAGGCUGAGUUCCUAGAAGACACCUCAUCAGUAGCGAGGAAGUGCUACCUCUCAUAUUACUAGCCAACCAUCAUUCAACAACCACAAACAAACCUGCUUUAUUACUUUGCUCGAAGUGGCGUUUCAGAAUUACUUCCUAAGAUUUAGCUGCUAUACGGGACCGACACUCACUGUUAAUAUGUUGCAAUAUUACUGAAAGGCAAGAAUGUUCAUUGCCUUAAAAAAUGUCUCGCCGAGCAUUUGUCAACGGAACAUUGUCAUAACUGCCCACAUUUUGGUGUAUUCUUUUAAGCAUUAUGCCCUACGUGGUCAUACGUGAUAAUAAAAUAAUUUUUGUACUUG